AUGCGGAUGAAAGUAUAUAUAAAGUUCUGGAGCGAAAUAUGGGACAAUGGAAUUGAACAUAAUAAGGAUUCUGAAUGGCUACAUGAAAUGAAACAGGGAAUCGGAUAUUUGAACCAAAACGAUUUGAAGAUAAAUGAGGAAGAUAUUACAAAGCAGUGUAAGAAGAUCCCCAAUUGGAAAGCGCCAGGACUAGAUGGAGUACAGGGUUAUUGGAUAAAGAAAAUUACUUCUUGUCAUCAAAGGAUUGCAGAACAGUUAGAUGAAAUUUUAAAUGGUAAGGCUGAACUACCUCAAUGGAUCACAUAUGGUAGGACAGUGUUGUGCUUAAAAGACCCAUCAAGGGGUAAUGCAGUUGAUAACUUUCGACCCAUAUCUUGCUUACCAUUGAUGUGGAAAUUGAUGACAGGUGUGAUUGCCGAAAGUAUGUACAUUUUUCUGGAGAUGAAUGAUGUACUACCGAAUGAACAAAAAGGAUGUAGAAGAAAGACUAGAGGAACAAAAAACCAAUUGUUAAUUGACAAGUUAGUUUUAAGGGAUUGUAAAAGAAGACAUACAAAUUUAUCGAUGGCCUGGAUAGACUAUCGCAAGGCAUAUGAUAUGGUACCUCAUUCUUGGAUAGUGGAAUGUAUGAGUAUGUUCAAAAUCGCAGCAAAUGUGAGAACGUUUGUGGAAAGUAGUAUGGAGAACUGGAAAACGGAGUUAACAUCUUCGGGAGAAAGUCUAGGAAAUGUGAAUAUAAGACGAGGUAUUUUUCAAGGAGAUAGUUUAUUUCCAUUGAUAUUUGAGAUGUGCAUGAUACCAUUAAGCCUGAUACUGAGAAAGGAAAAGGUAGGGUAUGAAUUUCGCGGAAAAGAACUCAAAAUCAAACAUCUUCUAUUCAUGGAUGAUCUGAAGUUGUUUGGAAAGAACAAGGAACAAAUAGACUCACUGGUGAAAACUGUCCAUAUUGUUAGCAAAGACAUUGGAAUGGAAUUUGGGAUAAAGAAAUGUGGAAUGCUUGUAAUGAAAAGAGGAAAGAUUGUGGAAUGUAAUGGAAUACAGCUACCUGAUGAGGAAACAAUAAAGUCCGUAAAAGAAGAUGGAUAUAAAUAUCUUGGUAUACUGGAAUUAGAUAAAGUUAUGGAGGGUGAAAUGAAGAGAAAGUUUGUAAAGGAUACGGGAGGAGAUUAA